UAGGGGUGUUUUACCUGCCCCAGUACUACUAAGCAUAGGCCUCUCCUGACAUUUUAGAUCUUCUAAUUUCCAGUCGAACUCUCUGAGUAAAUUUUCGGCAAAAAGCGUCCCCGUAAAACACCUCGGCAUGUGCUAAUGAACCUGGACAGACGGGCAGUAUUCCCAGCAACGUAGAGAUACCGGAGAGCCUAAUCAGAUGGUCUGGCUGCCAGGCUAUCGCUCUCUUGAAUUGCACCAAAAGUUGACAAACCCCGGGGUGAAGGAAGUAUUUUUAGCUGCGUGUGUCACGUCGGCCUUGGUCAUUGAGUGGUGAGCAGGUGUCUAGAGCACAGUGGAGCACUCGCUGCCACCAAAUACAGCUAGUAGGCGCAUCAUCAUUAGGUAUACGGACACACAGAGAGUGCAGUAACAGUAGCGGGAAGAGAUGAGACUACCGGUGUUGUUUGCUGGCCUGAUGCUAAAUGUGUUCCUGGUAGGAGGGCGCCGGGCACGGGCAGACACUCUACCGAGCACGCUACCUUGUGACGUCAACGACCAUUUGCACACGUGCUUGUGCUCGAAUCCAGAGUACCAUGUGCGACGCAUGCGCAGAUCACUGUGGGUGUCAACUACCGUCUGGGACCUGUCUCCCACCAGCGGUCACGCACGCGCACUGUGGAAAUUGCAGCGGUAUCUACAUGGCCACAACAACCAAGGUUUGAGGAUAAUGAGGGAAGGUCCGCUGACAACACAAACCUACGCACCGACCGUCUUCCUGCGGGAGGUAACGGUGUCCCUGCCCCUCCCCCGGGACAAGUGGAACAGUCCACCUGUGCCCGAGGACCCAACGGUUGUCCUAGACAUUAUCCCGGAGACGGUCCUGUAUGUGAAGUCGUUCCGGAGAAAAGGAGACCCGAGGUUCAGCGCCGAGCGGGAGGCUCAAAAACUGCUUCAUCUUCUGAUAACCAACGGGGAACCGAUCGUUCGGAGGGAUGGCUAUUACUACAUACUUCAACAUGACAGCAAUACCUUAUCACGACGCUAUGAGGUGGCCAUCUUCGCCACAAAUGCCGAGCUGGACGAGUUUUAUCGCGGGACGGACGGGCCGGAGGGCCGAAUGCUCCGACUGCCCAGGUGCCUUCGCCACAGCGAGCGUUUGUGGUCGUCAGGGGGCGCUUCUAUCAACGCGGAUUUGGUGCGGCGGGACUGUGGCACGACGUUCUGCUACGGCCCAGAUUGUCCUACGUACACCGUCCAGAGUAAGGACAGACACGGUGUCGAGCGGCGUUCUUACCCGACCGUCGGGCCGUUCCUGCGUGCCGACCUGCUAACGUGCCAGUUCGAACGCGCCAGACAACAAGGACAGAAGGUCAUGUUCCAGAAGUUAAAAGAGGAAGGUCUGACGUCACCAGGGAGGAACUUUUCUCGCUUCUCGCCGGUUGUAACGAGGGUUGUCCAGUCGGGGCCGCGGGGAGGGCCGUGCAGCCGUACCUACAUGUCCUAUCUACCUGUACCGAGGGACGUCAUCAGGGGAGUGGCACGGGGGAAAGCAGAAAGUUUUGGCUCUAGCUGCCGUGACCUCUCCGGGUACGUGAUGUGUUUCGGCGGGACGGGCAGCGCGGAAGAGUCGUUGGAAGCAGGACGGAAACUGACCAGGAUUCUGACUGACCGGAAAGAUCCAUUCUCUGACCACACCAUGAUGGCGGUGGAGUACAACGUACAAUCUCGUGUCUUUGACAGACACAACGAGGUGUUUAUGGAGGCCAUGGACAGUGAGAGACAGUGUCUCCACACAGGCAGUACCGGUACAUACAACCACCACAACCUCGAUUUUACUCUUCACAAAGACUGGUUUGAAGAACCGGACAUUACGAGCCUCCAUCUGCAGCACCCGUGUACCAGAACCCGCUGUCCACUCCACAGGGUCACUCGGACGUUCGACCACUUUAAAGAAACCCACUUCCUCAACACCAGGUGGGUGUGUACCCAGGAGCGGUCGUGUGAGGCGGCGUCAGGACGGGACAAGGCGAUGAGCGGCCUGCUGUACUACAUCAACGGCAGGAACGACGACAGGACUGCGAUAGACAUGCUGCAACCCGUCUUAACUAUCGUGUACGUGUCUGAACCCGUUGAAGACGUGAAAUUUUUCAGCCUACAUUUUAACACCAGGGCGGCUGGCUUGUCACGGGACCUGUACGUGUCCGAGUUAGCUCACAACGUCACAAGAGAGAUAAACUCUAUGCCGGACCACUUUGACGUAGGGUAUGAAAAGGAAAUCAUAGCCGAGCUGCUGUACACGACGGCAGAAGAAGAAGAGUGGCACGAGCUUGCUAUCUUCAGAAAGUUACCCACACAGCUGUUCCUCCUAGCGGACAGCCAAGCCGAUGACGUACAGCAUGACGUGUGUCAGAACGACGCGUGUUUUCUACACGAGAAAGUGCGAGACUGGGGCAGCUUCACGGAGUACAGGUUUAACAUAGGAAAGUGGGUUUGCACGAAAACAGCCGGGUGUGAGUCGGGCAACCCACGUGACGUGUUCCUGGCGCUGACGGCAUAUUUUGGCGGGAAGAACGUCGCCGGGAUUCGGUUAGGGGACAUGAUGGCGCCCGUCGUCAUGCAGUACAAGAAUGUCUCCAAUGAGCAUGAGCCGUUCACAGAAAGCUGCCAGGAGGAGCUGGAAGCUUGUGCGCCUCUUCCAAAAUAUUACCAGAGGAAGAACGCGCCUACACCGACCGAGCAAGGGUUGAUGCUGAGACAGGUGGUCACACCAAGUAUGUACAUCAUCAGACUGAAGGGCCAUCUGAUGUCAGCACAACUCAGCCUCCAACUGGAAACACUCAAGCACAAACUACAGGAGACGGGCUUACAGUUUGACAAGGAUGCGACUCUAUUCUACACGUACGACCAACCUUUUACUCCCGAGGACCGGCGAGUGACGUACACCGGCUUCUGGAAGUUACAAUCUGUGGGAUGAGCAUGGACUUACUAUGUAGCUCACACCCUAACAUUGUAACUUGUCUUUGGGGAAAUGGGGUACAAACUGCAUUUAGAAAUGCAUGA